GGGUAGGGGUGACGACAAGCUACCCAGCGUUCGUUGGGGUGUUCAUGAUCAGGGAUUUCACAGCCAGGCGCAGAUAUCUGGGAUGGAGAAUACACGCUUUACUGAAGAGGAAGAGGCUGAGGGAAGAAGAUGCUUUCAAUACCUGGUAGAGAAGGGUCUUGAUAAUGCUGCUAUUAUCAAGAGGUUUGACACCAUAGCUGAGAAAUACGACAAGAUGCAGGGUAUAAUUGGCAACAACUUGCCGAAAUGGAUGGGAGAGAGUCUAGCGGCUCUGUAUACCCGCAACCGACAGACUGUCAAGAUCUUGGAUGUAGCUGCAGGAACUGGAUUGGCCUCUCACGAGAUGCGGAAACACGGAUUCCUGCACAUUGAUGGUCUGGAACCGUCUGUCGGGAUGCUUGAACAGGCUAGGAAAAAAACCUUGUAUGAGCGAUACAUAUGUGACAUUCUUGCUGACAACACCCUGGAUAUUUCUGAUGAAACAUACACUAUAGUAACAGUGGUCGGUCUCAGCUCCGAAAUAUUCAGUACACUGCCCAUCAAGGCAUUCGAGGAACUGGUGCGUGUCACGAAAUCAGGUGGCCAUAUCUUGAUGAAUCACUUCGACUACAUCUUCGAGAGGGAUGUCCUCCGUGCGAAUCUCUCCAGCCUAGAAAACUGUGGGCUAUGGAAACUGGAGGACAAGCAAAUUAUGCCCGAGAUCAAGAAGGGGAUUACCGGUCAUCUGCAUAUCUAUAAAGUUCUGUAGUCCUACACCAGGAGGAAACAAGGUGAUGACCGGUCAUCUUCAUCUCUAUCAAGUUCUGUUGUCCUACAUCAGGAGGAAACAAGGUGAUGACCGGUCAUCUGCAUGUCUAUCACGUUCUGCAGUCCUACACCAGGAGGAAACAAGGGGAUAUCUUGUCAUCUUCAUGUCUAUCACGUUCUGCAGUCCUACACCAGGAGGAAACAAGGUGAUGACCGGUCAUCUUCAUGUCUAUCAAGUUCUGUUGUCCUACAUCAGGAGGAAACAAGGUGAUGACCGGUCAUCUGCAUGUCUAUCACGUUCUGCAGUCCUACACCAGGAGGAAACAAGGUGAUGACCGGUCAUCUGCAUGUCUAUCACGUUCUGCAGUCCUACACCAGGAGGAAACAAGGUGAUGACCGGUCAUCUUCAUGUCUAUCAAGUUCUGUUGUCCUACAUCAGGAGGAAACAAGGUGAUGACCGGUCAUCUUCAUGUCUAUCACGUUCUGUAGUCCUACACCAGGAGGAAACCGGGUGAUGACUGGUCAUCUUCAUGUCUAUCACGUUCUGUUGUCCUACAUCAGGAGGAAACAAGGGGAUAUCUUGUCAUCUGCAUGUCUAUCAAGUUCUGUUGUCCUACACCAGGAGGAAACAAGGUGAUGACCGGUCAUCUUCAUGUCUAUCACGUUCUGUUGUCCUACAUCAGGAGGAAACAAGGGGAUAUCUUGUCAUCUGCAUGUCUAUCAAGUUCUGUUGUCCUACACCAGGAGGAAACAAGGUGAUGACCGGUCAUCUGCAUGUCUAUCACGUUCUGCAGUCCCACACCAAGAGGAAACAAGGUGAUGACCGGUCAUCUGCAUGUCUAUCACGUUCUGCAGUCCUACACCAGGAGGAAACAAGGGGAUGACCGGUCAUCUGCGUGUCUAUCAAGUUCUGCAGUCCUACACCAGGAGGAAACAAGGUGAUGACCGGUCAUCUGCAUGUCUAUCACGUUCUGCAGUCCCACACCAGGAGGAAACAAGAGGAUGACUGGUCAUCUUCAUGUCUAUCACGUUCUGUAGUCCUA